UAUAUAGUAUUACUAGUACUACUGUUACUACUAGUAAUAUUAAUAAAUUAUUUAUUAAUAUUAGUACUAAUAGUAGUGGUAGUAGUGCUGUUACUCCUCCUCCUAAUAAUAGUACUGGUGUGCACUCUCAUCUAAAGUCAAUGAAAUUUAUUAAUUGCAGUAAGAAAAUGUUUGGCCAAAACCAGUGGUCACCAUAUGCUAAAGAAUAUAUUCCUCUUCAAGCUGGAAGUAUAGAUGGAACAGACACCGUACCCCAUGAUCAUGGGAUUGUUCGAGCUAUGCAGGCAAGUUACAGCCCUAAUGAUCUUGUGAUUGGAGAUCCCAAAUGUACACUCUUUGUUAGUAGAUUAAACAUAAAUACUACAGAAGAAACAUUGAAAAAAUUUUUUGAGAAGUAUGGGGAAAUAAGAAGAUGUCGGUUGGUGAAGGAUAUUGUGACAGGAUUUUCCAGGCGGUAUGGUUUCGUGGAAUAUAAAGAUAGACACGUAGCCCUUCAUGCUCAGCGAGAAACUUACAGGACUGUUCUUGAAGAUAGUGAGAUUUUUGUUGACUUUGAAUGUGAACGCACUUUGAUUGGCUGGGUUCCAAGAAGACUGGGAGGCGGUUUUGGUGGAAAAAAGGAGUCUGGCCAGCUGAGGUUUGGUGGAAGGGACCGGCCAUUUAAAAAGCCAAUCAUUGUUAAGCCAAAGCUUGAGGAUUCUCGAAACAACUUCCAUAGGAGGAAAGAUGAUGACAGAUCACAAAGAUAUGAAGAAAAAAACUACAGGAGAAGAGAUCCAGAGAGACAGGGUUCAAGACAUCAAGACAGAUGGCAUGAGGGAAAAUAUAGAGAGAGAUCUCAUCAUGACCGUCAUUCAGAUACCAGUAGACGUCACAGAGACAGAUAGUACUAGGAUAGGAGCAUUAAAAAAAAAAAAACUUGGAACAUAGGCUGGCUGGCUACUCUUGAAUAGAGAGUAGGUAUGAUACAACAUGAUUGUAUCAUCGUCAGUAUUUAACUUUUGUUAAAUAAUCUUAUCGAUCACAGAAGCAUUUUCUUUUAAUUGUAAUGUCAACUUUGUUUUAAAACUGUGAAAAUUUUUAUAACCUUUAUGGAAGUUUCAUGCCAUAGCUACAUUGGAAAUUUUAAAUGAAGAAAAUGAACUAUAUUCAUUGGUAAUUUUGUAUUAACUUUUCACAUAAUAAAUAUUACAACUUUCUUGAAAAAUUUAACAUAAAGUUAAUAAUUGUAAUUAAUUGGUAAACUUUUUUUAAUUAUAUAAAACUGAGCCUUUCCUUUAGUUAUCUUAAUAAACAAAAGUAAUUAUGUAGUUCUGAGUUCCUUGCAUUGGGACUACAUUUGAACCAAACUCAGCCAUAUAACCAUCUUCUGUAAUAUCCUCUUUUAAAGUAGUUUUAGUAGGUAAAUACAUAAUAAAUAUAAUUUCUGGUUCUGAAUUGUUGUAAUAAACCUGUUUAAACUUGCUAUUUUAUAAAAAAAAAAAAAAAGUGUUAUUUUUACAAAUUUUUGAAUAAUUGUUUGUUUACUAAUCUUUGUUUAGUUCAUGAUCAUUUCUAUAGCUCAUACAAAAAUAUUAUACAGAUCUUUAUCACAUUUAGUUUUAGUUAAUCUAUUAUAUUAGUGACUGUACAAAUUACAUACACUACUGUUGCUCAUAAUGUAUGAAAUGUAAAUCAUGUGAUAGCUGUAUUCAUGAAUAGUAAAUAAAAUUGUUUUUUAUACUGUA